AUGUAUUUAUUUUAUUUUAUAAUACGGGCUUCCACUACUUUUUUGUUGUGGGAGGUUCUCGUUUAUUUCGGCCAAUAUAUAGCAUAUCGUUGUAGGUACAACUACGAGUUAGAUUAUGUUGGGUUUUUACAAGAAUGUAUCCGUACCGAGCUCGUGUCAGAUAUCUAUCUAUCUAUCUAUCUAUCUAUCUAUCUAUCUAUCUAUCUAUCGAUUAUUUUUAUUAUAAGAGAUUAUAAUAAAAAACCAUUAAAUGCCACGAACAGUGGAAUUUUACUCUAUUUCUUCUUUCUCUCAUUUCGAUAUCUAUCUAUCUAUCUAUCUAUCUAUCUAUCUAUCUAUCUAUCUCAGUCUGUUCAUUAUCUCAUCUAUUCUUAUCUAUCUAUCUAUCUAUCUAUCUAUCUAUCUAUCUAUCUAUCCCAGUCUGUUCAUUAUCUAUCUAUCUAUCUCUAUCUAUCUAUCUAUCUAUCUAUCUAUCUCAGUUUGUUCAUUAUCUAUCUAUCUAUCUAUCUAUCUAUCUAUCUAUCUAUCUAUCUAUCUAUCUAUCCCAGUCUGUUCAUUAUCUAUCUAUCUAUCUAUCUAUCUAUCUAUCUAUCUGUCAUGGGUUCUUACCUAUAA